UACAUCAGGGGCUUGCUCUUGCAAAACCAAACCACAAGGCAGCCUCGAAGAAGGAGGCAGAGUUCCGCCAUGCCCAGCUCAGCGCUGCUAUGUUGCCUGGUCUUACUGGCCGGGGUCAAGGCCAGCCAAGGCACGAACACCCAGUCUGAGGACAGCUGUGCCCACUUCCCAGCCGGCCUGCCCCACAUGCUUCGAGAGCUCCGAGCUGCCUUUGGCAGGGUGAAGACUUUCUUUCAAACACAGGAUCAGCUGGACAACGUGCUGUUAAACAAGUCAUUGCUGGAGGAUUUUAAGGGUUACCUGGGUUGCCAAGCCUUGUCAGAGAUGAUCCAGUUUUAUCUAGUGGAGGUGAUGCCCAAGGCAGAAAAUCAUGACCCAGACAUCAAGGAACAUGUAAGCUCCCUGGGGGAAAAGCUGAAGACCCUCAGGCUGCGGCUGCGACGCUGUCAUCGAUUUCUUCCCUGUGAAAACAAGAGCAAGGCGGUGGAGCAGGUGAAAAAUACGUUUAAUAAGCUCCAAGAGAAAGGCGUCUACAAAGCCAUGAGUGAGUUUGACAUCUUCAUCAACUACAUAGAAGCCUACAUGACAAGGAAAUUAACAAACUAGACCUCGGUCCUAACUUGGAG